AGGGUGGAGCAGGCGUCGCCCAUGGAGCUCAUCAACGCCGUGCCGCCCAUCCUCGUGCACUCACGCGUUGUUGCCUGCAGGGGAGGCCCCAACCCCGCGCUGGGCCAUCCAGUGGAGUACAUCAACGUGGACGCGCCUCAGCCCGCCGUCUGCAAGUACUGCGGCCUGCGCUACCUGCAGGACCACAGCCACUGA